AUGCCAGCCGCAUCCUCCUCGGCGCCGAGCUGGCCGCUCUUCAACACCACCAACACCAACACCACACGUACGCCCGCCUUCAGGUACGAUACCACCAAGGGCACCGACCUGCGCGCGUACGUGCUGGACACCACCGUCUCCAGCCAAACGGUGUUUGAAAUGGGCUCCAUCAUGGGCCCUAUUCUCAAGCAGGCCGCUAGUAUUCGCCCAUUCGUUGCCACCGCCAUCGGACGCGAGGCUGGCCUUGGCGUGCGCAACAAGGUCCACCGCGAGAUGCUCCGCCGCAACGGCACCAUUCAUGCCGAGCUCUCUCAACAAGGUUACGACGUCGAGGACCUCCGUUUCGGUCCUUUGCCUCCCCAAAACUAUCGCGAGUUCCUCAACUUCUCCCGCGUUGUCCGCUACCAACAGUAUGCUGUGACCUGGAAUUCCGAAGUAAAGACUGCCUCGGCUGCAGGCCGACUGCCCCGCAUCAUUUUUCCCGUCUCGCGCGUGCAGGAGCCAGUCGCUCCAAUCGGCGCCCAGAAUUGUCAACUGGUCCUGUGCAAGAGUGACCUCGUCCGCGCUGGCCGCCUCAAGACCUCUGCCAGCAACCAGGCCAUCUGGAAGGCCCUCCAGGGCACCAUCAUCAAACCUGGAGGCCGUCAAGACGACCAGAAGUUCCGCCUCUUCCUUGAGGAGCCGUCGUCCUGGACCGGUGACCGCAACCUCCCCACGCGCAGGGUGCCAUCCGUUGCCGUCCUCAAGAAGCCUCGACGCCAGUACGCCAGCGUCGAGCCAUCCAAGAUGGGUUCCUGCCAACUCUCCGCUGACCUUUGGAACUGGUUCCGUGACGAUGAAGAAUACAAAUGGUACCUGCACCACCACAACGCUGCGCUAUGGGGCCCUGCCAAGGCUAUGUGGAAGCAAAUGGAAUGA